AUGCUUACCAUUGAUGAAUUUGGAGCUGGAUGUCCAGAGGUUUUCUGUAUCAGCAACAGGAUUGAUUCUAUAGCUAUUUCUCAGUUUUUUAAAUCUGUUAAAGGAAAAAUGGGUCUUAUUCCUGCCAAAAUAUUGAUGUCUGAUGAUGCUCCGACAUAUAUCAACUCCUGGACAAAGAUAAUGGGCAAGCCUCAACACCAUUUAAUUUGCAAACUGGCAUAUUGA